GUCAAGUUAGACCCGGCCAACUAGUCAGCCGACAUUUGAGCGUUCAAACUAGCUCCGCUAACUCGACCGACUGGCUGCUAGCCGCUAGCUGUUAGCUCCACGUAUUAAUGGAAGCCAGCUGUAUUGUUGCUAAAUCGCUGAAUAAAUAAAUCGCUAAGGUUAAAGCUUUUUACAUUGUUGGAGUCGAGCGCUGGAUGCCAAGGAGUUUGGCUAUUCUUGUUUUUCGAAAACUUGAAGGUAACAGUCGAUAGUCGUGGCUAUUUCUACGUGGAAGGCGCGAAUUUUGAAAUCGAUGGGCCCGGAAUAAACAAAGUCGUUUUGUUUAAUUCAAGAGCGCUAGCUGGCAUUUUCCGUAGAAAGGAAGUGGCUUGGAGUUCGAUAGACGGGCACUGUUGCUGUUACGCGAACGAGAAAUUGCAGAGCAGUUUUUAUCUUGUUCGUUAACACAUGUAAUGACUUUGUAUCUUUCGAUAGUUCCUCAAAGAAAGAUAUUUCAAGUCAUAGAGCAGAAAGUGAAUAGCAAGUUCGUGUAGUAUUCAGUGUAGUCAGUGAGUACUCGCAUUAAGAUUGUGGUUGAGUAAGUCCAGACCUUUAUUCGGAGUGAUUGCGUUUAAUCAUCAAUUUAUCCAUCCGAAAUGGGAUUGAUCUGAAAAGCCCAUCAAGGGAAAUUAAGAUUACUCAACACAAAUUAAUAUGAUGGUGUCAUCGUGCGGUUAACUAAUUAUCAACGUAAAAUUGCAAUUGUGUUUUUCCGUCUCAAUUCUCCAAGUAAUUGGAAAAGUGUGUGUCCAGUCAUCUGAAUUAGAGCACCUAUGGGAAGAAUAAAUGUCGGGAGUGCUAGUGGCGAAAUUAUGUUGUGUUUUGUCCAAGGUAUAACUGGAAAUCGUCCGGUAAGAUGUAACAGUUAUGAAGAACCGCCGACAUCAGCAGCGACUACGACUAAACGAAAAUACGUUUUGCUGAAAUCCAGAUCGACAAACAGUGUUGGAUUCGGCAUUAGGUCAGCACCUAGUUCGCCUAUGGCACCAUUACAAGGUCAAUCUGAAGCUCAUGGGCAAAGUGUAAUAAGCUUGAAUGCAGUACCACAAUCUCCUAGUCACCAAAGCGCAGGAAGCAAACUAGAUUCUAAAUCACUAAAGCAUUUAUCAGCACCAGUGACGGCGUCUUCAAACCGAAGUAUCAGUCCUCAUCCACAAAAAUCUUCAUCGUCAUCAUCGAAAAAUGACCCACCCCCCGAAAAAGAAAAGGAAAAGAAGAGGAAGGAGUUAAGUAGCUCCAGACAGAAAAAAUUCCACAGGCAUUUCCAGCAGGUGUCAAAAGAUGAAAGGGUUAUUAAUUAUUAUUCCUGUGCAUUAGUCAGCGACAUUCUGUUGCAAGGUCAUUUGUACAUUACGGAAAACUACUUUGCAUUUUAUUCAAACGUUUUCGGUUUUGUUACAAAGUUGCUCAUCCCAACUGCCUCUGUAGUGCGAAUAUCAAAAGAAAAAACCGCUAAGAUUAUCCCCAAUGCUGUUGGCGUAGCAACAGCGGAUGAACGUCAUGUUUUUGGUAGUUUUAUGAGCCGUGAGGCAGCCUUCCGUUUGAUGUGCAGCGUAUGUCAACCACUAGAACCAGUUGAGAUUAUACCGAAAGUUCCUGAUAUUGAGGUAUCCGAAGAAUGCUCAGUCGAAGACGACAGUAGUUGUUCGAUUAGUGGCAAUGAAAGUCCACCACAAGCUGUUGAUUCUACCUCUGAUGCUAGUCAAUCAUUGCGGCAGCGUGCAAUAACUUCCAAUUUUCCACCAACAGAUAGUGUUGAUGGCGAAGAAAAGACAGACAUUCCGCGAGACGCUAAUUCAGUUACCGCAGCAAAGCCAACACCUUCAACAGCAACAUCAAACAUCCCUACCAAAAUAUCGAAAUCACCACCACCUCGAAUUAUUCCCUCACGAACAUUCAAGUUGAAAUUCCCAACAGAUUUUCACAUAGUUUACAUAGGUGUAGUUUUAACGUUAAUCCUAACAAUGUUCUCGGCAUUCCUCUUAUAUAGGAUAUUAGAUUUUGAAGCCAAAAAUAAAAAUCAUUCUAAUUUGAAUUUUAAAUGGGGAUCGGGAAAUGAUGUGGACGAAAUUUAUGCUGAAGCUCUCCGAUGGCAGAAAGAAAUGCAAACGAGGAGCACAGAAGAAGCUCAAAUUAUACUUAAUUCAAAUUUAGAGCAAAUAGCAAGGGUACGACGAAACCUAGAAUCAUUAUCCUCACUUAUCCAUGACCGGAAACUGCAACCAUCACAAUCGUACGAAGACGAUGGCGAUGGUACAUUCAACACUAUCAAAAGAGGCUACAACUACAAUGCUAGAUCGGCCACGCCGGAUCUAGCGUCGAGAGAAGCAGUGGACAGCAACAGUGAUUACGGGGCUAGUCCCUAGCUACUUUUAACCAUCUUUACGCCAUACUGCUAGAUAUUUAAUAGUAAAGUAGAUGUAUAGGUAUUUAAGAAAGCAAUUAUGUUGUUCUGCAUAAAGUUUUCUUCUAUGUUCGAACAAUAGUAAUAAUGAUAACAAAUGAUAAUAAAUUUUAACUUCCAUUUAACAAGUAUCCAAAACUUAUAAGUAAAACUGUGAAAGUUGGAGCAAACAUUAGCAGAAAUCCGAGCAAAGUGAGAAAGGCAAACACUAUGGGAAGUUAAAUUGAAAGACAUUCAAGUUUAAUCCAACCAAAUGGAGGAGAAUUUGUUAUUUUAAUCGGGAAAAUGUGAAAUAAAUGGAGAACAGCCUUAGCAUUUGUGCUAGAUAUGGUGAAAAGUUCAGACGUAUCCAGUAAAGUAUUAUAUUCGCCAGAAUUUCCGCUUGGCGAGUAAGUUCAUCGGGUACACACACUAUUGUUCUCCAAAUCUAUUUUACAUUUUCUUGUCAAUGGCAUAAGCUAAAAACUUAACAAAAUUAACUUAAAGAUAUUUACUUAAAACGCGAAAUUAUAAAACUUUUUAUCUAUAA